AUGGAGGAAUUUAUAGAAGCGAUCUGGCCGCACCUCUUCCCGUCCUGGUUCGAAGCAUUAACCGCGUUAAUGGCAGCCUCGUUUGUAGCCUUUCUCCUAUAUCUCACCCAACCCGAAGGCAGCGGGGAGAAUCCCUCCCCAGACGACGCUUCGGCCGCGUCUGCCGGGAAAACCGGCGUGAAUGGCGCGGAGGAAGAGGAGGAGGCGAACUGGGAGGAGGCGAGCCGACGUGUCAGGGAGCAGCAAGCUCGCGCGUUACUCGCGGCGCCGGAUCCGCUCACCGCCGCUCUCGCAAUCCCCGUGCGCCAGCUGGCAGCCGUGGAUUCGAAGAGAAUGGCCGCGGUUCCGGUUACCGCCCAGCCGCUGCUAGGACUAAGUUCUAAGGAGGUAGUUAAGAAGGGGAUCGGGUCUAGAACGCGGCCCAGGCAGGAUAUAAUGCAGUUAGCGGUGGCGACGGGGGUGGGGGGAACUGGUGGAGGGGGGAAAGGGGGCGUGGAUGGGGGGCUGGUAGGAGGAGGGAAGGGAGGGGUGGAGGUAGGAGGGAGGAGAGGAGGAGGGGAUGGGAGAAGUGCGAGUGGGCCUUUAGCUGCUUCGACUAGAGCCGCUGCUGGUGCUGUUGCGGCUGCAGCGGGUGGGAACAUCCAGGACGAAACGCUUAUACCCGUGUCCCUGUCUUGCGCGGACACCCUCCCCCCUGCGCCAGUCCCCCUUAGCACAGCAGUCUCCGCUGCUCCCGCUUCCGCCACUGCAGGCGGGGAUGGGGAGGGGGAAAGGGGUGCCCUGGGGGGGCAUACGCGCACAGGAGGGUCCCUGGGAUACCUGUCCCCACCGAAUAAAGGUGCUGCUGUUACUACUAAUUCUGGUGCCGCUGGUGAUUUAAUCAACGGCCCAGAUUUGGCCAGUGGUGGAACUCCUGACAGGGGAGCAGAGAAGGGGAGGCGGCCGGAGGGGAUCCAACGGUCAGUGUCGGACACGGAAGCGAUCUCAGCCGGAUCAACGGCUGGUGGCGCUGCGUUUUCUGCUGCAAGAACAGGGGGAGGAGCAGGGGGAGGCACGAGGGGGGAAGGGGGGGGAGGGGGGAUUGGUGGAGUAGGUGUGAAGGUGGAAGUAGCUGCAGAAAGGGCUGUGUCUCCUGUGGCGCCUCAACCCAUGAUCUAUGAAGUGAAGGUCGAUCUGCUGGCGGCUAAGAACCUGCCAGCUGCCAACAUCAGCGGCACAGCAGAUCCCUACGCCAUCGUUUCUUGUGGAACAGAGCGGAGAUUCAGUUCCGUCAUCCCCAGCUCUCGCAAUCCUAUGUGGGCGGAGGAGUUUCGCUUCUUUGCCCCCUGCCUGCCCGCGCUGGUAUCAGUGCGCACGUACGAUUGGGACAUCAUAUCCAAGAACGCAGAGCUCGGUGCGGCGUCCCUGCUGGUGGAAGGAGAGGCUCUGCCCUUCACCGCCUGGUACCCCCUUGACAAAGGCAUGGGGCAGGUGUGCUUGCAGCUGCAGGUGACAGCAGUGCCAAGGAAUAAAGCUGACAGCACGGCAGCAAAGGGCGCUGCCAUAAGUUCAUCCCGCCUGCGGCGCCUCUCCCAGCAGCCCACAGGUGCCGGUGCUGGCGACAAGCAAGAAGGGGAGGCUUUCGAAGGGGAGCGGCCAGAGCAGCAGCAGCAAGAGCAGGAGGCAGGGAGGGGAACAGAAGUGCGGCUGAAGCCAGGGCCGCUGCAGACAAUCUUCGGCCUGCCUCCAGAUGAGGUCAUUCGGCACUCCUCGUGUGCGCUGGAGCGCUCGUUUCUCUACCACGGUCGCAUGUUCCUCUCAGGGGCGCAUCUCUGCUUCUACUCCAACGUCUUCUCAAAGGAGCUGACUGUGUGCAUUCCAUACCAAGACAUUGAGGAGGUUCGCCGCAGCACACACGCGCUGAUCAACCCAGCCAUGACGGUGGUGCUGCAUCUGGGCACGGGGGGACACGGGGUGCCUCCUCUUCCCAGUCCUGAUGGCCGAGUGAAGUACAAGUUUGCAUCGUUUUGGAACCGGGGUCAUGCCAUGCGCCUACUGCAGGAGGCGAUUGCCGAGUUCUGGAAGACUGAAGAAGCAGCGGCUCUGGAGGAGGAGCAGGAUCGGUUACGGGCGAUAAGCAUGAGGGACGGGGCAUUAGAAGGGUUGUCAUUUAGAGGACCGGCUUCGGAGGCUGCAGAGGAGGAGAAGGAGAAGCAACCCUUCCUUGACCUCACCGUGCUGGAGCACCUGCUGCAGUUCGAGGUGCCCUGCACGGCAGGAACCUACUUCAAUCUCCUCUACUCAGAUUCGUCUGAUUUCGUCGUGGUUUACCGAGCCAAGCGCAAGGACACGGAGCUGAAGGUGGGCGAGUGGAAGGAAACAGAGCAGUACGGAGGCAAGCUGAGAGAGGUGACCUAUCGCUCGCUCUGCGACUCCCCCAUGUGCCCACCCUCCACUGCAAUGACUGAGUGGCAGCACACGGCCUUCUCUGCUCCGGACCACACGCACCUGGUCCUGGAGCUAAUAAACCAGGCACAUGACGUGCCCUUUGGGUCUUACUUCGAGGUGCAUGCGCAGUGGACGGUCAAAACGACAUCUGACAAUCCCGAGAGUCCAUCGUGCAGUGCCGAGCUCAAAGCAGGCGUUCACUUCAAGAAGUGGUGUAUGAUGCAAGGGAAGAUUCGGCAGGGCGCGCAGGCAGAGAUGAAGAGGAACAGCCAGGCGAUGAUGGAGAUGGCAACGACAUACAUAGCUGAGCGCACACAGGGCGGUAACCAGCCCGCCGAUUGUAACGCCGACGCUGCUGCUGGGAAUGGUGGAGCUGACAGCAAUGUUGAUAAUGAGAAAGGAAAUGGGGGUGGUGUUAAAAAGGAGGGAGCGGGAGCAGGAGGGGUGGAAAGUAGGGAGAAUGUGAUAGCACCUAGUGGUGUUACCUGGGAGAGGUGGAUCCAGGUGUACAAGAGAAGGGUCAUCUCGGUCGGCCUGUCCCCGCAAGACCUCGCACGCUACACGCCGUCCCUCUCACUCGUUUCCCUUCCCAACCCUCCCCUCCUCACCCGCCCUCCUUCCUUCAUACAGACAGUAUACCGCACACUACUGGAAAAGGGACAGCUCGGCCUGUCCCUCCACUGCCCUCCCGUUAAUUCCUCUUUCCUUCUACCCUACCCCCCCUCUUCUCCCCCCAUUCCCCUCCCUGUGCCCCUCUGA